AUGCCCACUCGACCGGAACCUACAGACCGCCCUGUCCUCCCGUUUGCAAGCGCCAGCGAUUUCGAGGCUUUUCUCGACCGUGAACACGCAACAACGGAAGGGAUCUACGUAAAACUCGCGAAGAAAGCCUCGGGCAUUCCCUCCAUCACACCGGCCGAGGCGGUCGAGACGGCUCUAUGUUUCGGAUGGAUUGACGCGCAGGGUUUCAGCCUAAAUGAGACGUACUGGGUGGUUCGGUACCAACCCCGCCGCCCUAAGAGCAUGUGGUCGCAGAAAAAUGUCAACACGGUCUCUAGACUGCAAGAGCAAGGGCGCAUGCGCCCGGCAGGACUAGCCGCCGUUGAAGCUGCAAAGGCUGACGGUCGCUGGGAUCGCGCAUAUGCCGGCGCAGCGACCAUAACUGCUCCAGAUGACUUGUUGGCUGCUUUGGCGGCAAGCCCAGCGGCUGCGGCGAAAUUCGAGAGCUUAGGAAAACAAGACAGGUUUGUCUUGCUACAGCGUCUGCACACAGGACUACCCCAGACACGCGAAAAACGCAUCAAUAACAUGGUCAACACACUGGCUGGGAACAAGGUCAAAUCUACAUCUGUACAAACAAAAGUUGAGACCGAGAAACAACCAAAGAAGAGCGAUGCAGUUACAGGCGCCUCGAAGAAGAGAAAACUAGACGAGGGCCAAGGCAGUGGUGCGCCUUUGGCCAAUAAGUCGUCACGAAGAGCCGGACUGCGUAGUCAAAAUCGAGACUGA